UGCUUAUAAAUUAAAUCCCCCUCUUUCUGCAACUGUUGAACCAACACCAGAACAAAUCAAGAAAUCUUUUAAAAAUAGCCAUUCAUGGCAGUGGAUGUGUGUUUUGAGAUUGCAAGUUUAAAUGUUAGCCCAAGAAUCUCUUUCUCUCACGAUGAUGGAAUCCCAAUUGAAUGCCAACAACAUUAUAGAUCAGAUGCAUUCCUUCUUGAAUCAACCAUAGAUUUUGAUUUCUGUGUUACAGAUAUAGCACUAAUCUCCUCUGCUGAUGAACUUUUCUCAAAUGGCAAGAUCCUACCUGUUGAAGUCAAGAAAUCAACACCCUUUAAAGAAAUCAACCAAUCUGAUCCAAAAUCUUUGCAAAAACAGCCAAAAAAAUCUUUGCAAAAACAGCCAGAAAAAUCAGUUCUUGAAAAUGGUAUUGACACAAAAAAGAAGAGUUUAAAAGAAUUCUUGUCAACUGAUCUUGAUGAUGAUGAAAAAGAAACAGAUAAGCUUCCACAAGCAAAACCAUUUUGGCAAUUCAGAAGAAGCAGUAGUUUGAAUUACCAAAAUAGCCAAAACAAUGGAUUUUUGCAAUUUCUAUCAAGAAGUAACUCAACUGGUUCUGCUCCAACUCAAAAAAAUCCAAAAAUGUAUCAAAAACAGAAUUCACAAAAAGAACAAAUAAAAGUAUUCAGAAAGAGCUCAUCUUUAUCUUCAUCAUCUACAUCAUCAUCAUCAUCUUCUUGUUCAUCUUUGAAUCAGAGCCAUCCAUUGCAUUCAUCAUCAAAGAAGGGUCAAUCACAUCCAUUGAAGAAGAGUUACAGUAGAUCUUAUAGCAAUGGAGUUCAUGUUAGUCCUGUUUUGAACAUUCCACAUGCUUACAUUUCUAAAGGUACUGUUUGUUUGUUUGGUUUAGGUUCAUUGUUCUGUAAUGGCAAGUCCAAAAAGAAGAAAUAAUUUCUCUGCACAACUUUUUUUUUUUUUUUUUUUUGUUCAUAAAUCAAAAGUUGAUAUAGUUCAUAGAACGUAGUUCUUGUUUUAUUUCUCAGAUUACAAUAUACUAUAGAAUAUUUACACUGGCACUCUAAUUUAAUUUUUGCUAACAGGUUAGCUAC